UUGAGUUGACUGUGUCUAAACCCAUCCUCAAAAUAAGAAAAUCGAAAGGUGAAGCAGUGGGAGAUUAUAGAGAUGACGCUCAAAUUAUACGUAGAUCGUAUGUCCCACCCUUGUCGUGAAGUUAUAAUCUUCUGCAAGUUAAAUGGGAUAGACUUUGAGGAAGUUCAUAUAGAUCUCUCCAAACGCCAGCAAAGGUCUCCUGAAUAUCGAGAAAUUAAUCCCAUCCGGAAAAUACCAGCUAUAAUGGAUGGAAGAUUUAAGCUUUCCGAAAGUCAUGCAAUUCUUAGAUACCUGGCUUGUGCAUUUCCACGAAUUGCAGAUCAUUGGUAUCCAACUGACUUAUACAAAAGAGCAAAGGUCGAAUCUGUGUUGGACUGGCAACGUACUACCUUCCCUAGUGGUUCAGGUGCUUAUAUCAGAGAUUGUGAUUAUUUUCGUUUCCAGUUGGAGUGUGAUAUCUUGCUUGAGUUAAUUUAAUGGUGAAUCUUGGGA